AUGCUACCAACAAAGAAGGUGACAGCUUUUUCGCGUGCUCAGGAGUUUCCUGAAGAUUUUGUAGUAGAUUCCACCAAGCUGAUGUGUCGCUUUUGUGGACACAAUGUUAAUUAUGAGAAUAAAGCAUAUGUAACUUCGCAUUUAAAUUCAAAAAUGCAUAAAAAAAAUCAGAAAACUUAUCUUAAUCAUAAUCAAAGUAUCCGACAACAAACUCUUCCCUCUGCAAUGAAAAUUGCUGACAUAAAGAGAGAAAUGGUCUAUGAUUUGCUUGAAGCCUGG